AUGAUGCUGCUAACAAAGUUAACUACAUGGGCAGUCAGAAUCAGCAAGGAUUCCAUCAUGGAGGACCACCAGGAUUCUAUCAGAGAGGUAAUUUGUUGCAGGGCCAAGGUUGGAGAUUCUAUCCAGGGAAUAAUUUCAACUAAGGAGGUCCAUCUCAUCGGGCUCCUAGCCAAUAGAAUCGAAUCACAUAAGAAGAGUAUUGAUGCAACAAUCAGGAAUCUGGAGGUACAUGUGGGUCAACUAGUGAAGCAAAUUGUUGAAAGGCCAACUGGAACCUUUGGGGCCAAUACUGAGAUGAAUACCAAAGAGGAGUGCAAGGGAGAAAAAGAUAAGAGUAAGACCAAGAGCCAAUUAGCUCGAGAGGCCAGAAGAAAGGAGACACCCUCCGUCCCAGUGAAGAAAACUCCAUAUCCCUUGGUUCCAUCCAAGAAUGACAGGGAGCAGUGCUUUGCUCGUUUUCUUGACAUCUUCAAUAAGCUGGAGAUCACCAUUCCCUUUAAAGAGGCCUUACAGCAGAUACCUUUAUAUACCAAAUUCAUGAAGGACUUCCUCAAAGGGAAAUAUGUCAAUAGUGAGAACAUAGUGGUAGAGGGCAAUUGUAAUGUAGUGAUCCAGAGGAAGCUACCACACAAGCUCAAAGAUCCAGGAAAUGUGACUAUCCCAUGCUCCAUUAGGGAUGUGUCCGUAGGGAAGGAUCUCCUUGACAUGGGAGCAAGAAUGAACUUGAUGCCCUUGUCCAUGUGCCAAAGAAUCAGAAAUCUGAAGAUAGCUCCUACAAGGAUGACACUCCAGCUGGUAGACCCUUCCAUCACAAGAUUGUUCGAGGUAGUUGAAGAUGUCCUGAUCAAAGUACACCAACUCACUUUUUUGGUGGACUUUGUAAUCAUGGACAUUGAAGAAGAUGCUGAGAUCCCCUUGAUUCUGGGUUGA